UGGUAGAGAAAUCUUUCCUUCGCCUCCUAUGGUCGAUGAAAAAUUUCGCUUUUUCCUGCUUUGAUUCGCUUUAAAUGCUCGCCAUAUCUAAAGCAUGAUUACCAAAUUCUGCAUAUGAUCAUUUCCAAGUCAUUUCACCUUUUUAUUCCAGUCAAGGUGAAGAGAAAUUGCAGAAAACUCUCUUCGAUCCGGAGGGAAACCUUUCCGCAAUAUGGCGGAUAGCGUAGCAACUGAGAGUGAUGAGCCUACCUCUAGAACUACAACUGUUUUGGAAGUUAGCAUUCCCUCAGAUGAUGAUCAAGAUGUCCAUUUUUGCGGAAGAUGUAAAUUGUCUUUUAAUGAUCUGUCAGAGUACAUCAAGCACAAAGCAAACAAAGUUUGUCGUGACAUUGUCAACAAGAGCUCAUUGACAGAAGUAGUUAACAAACUUCCCAUAGAUGCAGGCAGCCAUUCUCACUCUGGGGAGACCAACAGCAGAGAAGAGGUAACAUUAGCAGAUACCACCCAGCAGGCUCAAGAGUGUGUAGAGGGCACUGAGGAUGAUUGUGCUGCAAAAAAAGUGGAGGUGCAGUUUCUAGACCCAGUGGCGACUAGUGAUGGUGCAUCAUCAUCUGCAGGAGAAAAACCUGAUGGUCACAAAACUUCAGAUCAUGAAAAAACUGAAAAACCGACAAAAAGGCACAAGAGGAAGAACUCUCACCCCAAGACCACCAGAAAACGAAAAUGCUCGUCCACUUCCACAGCCUCGUCCACUCAAGAGAAGAGCAAGGAACCUCGAACCAAGAAACCCUCGACUUCAGAUGAACCAGUGACUGUCCAUAUCCCAGAGUCACAACUAGUUCAUCUGAAUCCUUGUUCCACGUCCACAUCUGCAACCAGUCCCCAGCGUACAGGGGUGCGCAAACAGGGUGCGACCAGUGUGUUUGUGCCAAUAUACCUCAAUCCCCCCUCCAAGAUUUACAGAUGUCAGCGCUGUCCAGCGGUUUUCAAUGCUUUGAAGGAGAAGGAAGAGCACUGUAAAAUGCAUAAGAAGGAAUUCAAGUGUUCGCUUUGUAAUAAAAGCUUCUUCACUGCUAACGGCUUCGAGCAGCAUCGGUUAAAUGAGAGUCAUGUGCAUCCAUGUGAUGAAUGCGGGAAGGUCUUCACUAGCACCAUUCAGCUCAAGAAACACAAGACGACCCACUCUACUGAAAGGCCGUUCGCCUGUGACGAAUGCGCAAAGGCGUUCUGUUCUUCGGCGAACCUUCGCUCGCACAAAAGAACGGUGCAUGCUACGGAGAAGAAACACAAGUGCCCUGAAUGUGGAAAAGCGUUUGCCCGUAAAGAUAAAAUGAAGAGGCAUUCUUUAAUUCACUACCCAGAUACAAGACCAACUUUCACCUGUCCCUUUCGCAGUCACACUGGUUGUAUGAAGACCUUUUACCGUGAAGAUAAGCUCAAGCGACACUUGUUCACACACUCUAAGGAUAAACCUUUUAAGUGUGAACAGUGCAAUAAGGGUUAUGCGCGCCGAGAUAACUUGAACGACCAUAUGCGGAUCCACACAGGCAAUUAUAGCCACAUUUGUCAGCUGUGCGACAAAGGUUUCCUUGGGCCUCACAAGCUAAAGAAGCACUUGAAGUCAGCACACCGGGACGUUUAUUCUGCGGAUGGUGUAUGCAACGCAUUAGAAUAUCAGUCUCCUACAAUGGUUCCCUUGAAUUCUGGCAGAGCUCCUACCUCGAGGCGCGGCGAUCACGCAACGCCCACGUCACGUGGUAACGUUGCACAGUCUUCAUCUCAUGAGGAAACUGCGCCCUCUUCACCGGAGGAUCACUCGGUUGAUGCCGACGACGACGUUUUCGACGAAUUGGGAUCCGAGACCGGAGACGAGCCAACUUCGGAAGACGAACGAACAGCAAACGACGACGAAUCAUUAAAAAAAUCUGGCUUGGGUUCAGACCCAAGACAUGCCCCGCCCCGAGCCCCUCCACCAACUGUGGGCCCUCCGCCAUUAACAUCAUCUUCACAUGGUCCGUUACCGCGCGUGCGCCCUGUCCCGAGAGUCAGUGCGACCCCUCAGCAGUUCGUCCCUCCACCCAUACCACCCGGCCUCCAGGCUACAGCCGAGCUCAUGGCAUUCACACAGGAACUUUUUAAUGCGGUUGUGGAGAGAGGUGUGGUAGCCCGCGAAUCCAGUCGUACUCAGUCAUUACCCUGAUAUUGUGGUAGCUUCAAGACAACCUCUUGUGUUGGAAAUACGCGUACAAAUUUUAUUGGUUGUUUUCCGAGCCAGGGGUUUACAUUAGCAGUUGCUAAGCGACAGGAUGUAAAAUUCUGACGUUAUGCCGACGUAAAGACGUGCUUAUGGGAAUCAGAUUUCUUAGGAACUUCUAAUUGGCUUAAAAGACUGCCACGAUUAAUGAUCCCUGUCGUUUUGGAAGUUCACGGUAUGGGGACUUUUAAAAGUUUUCGCUCAAUGAGUGAUAUGAUAAAGGUGAUUAGGUUGCAAUAACUAAAAAAAUAAUCAGCAGUGAUUCUAGAAGUUAUAAGUGUUUUAGCCUACGUGCAGCUGUAACCUUGCGUAGAUCACUGAGAAAUGAUGUCUAUGCUUAAAUUCUCAAGCGACUUCAACCUAUCUUCUACAUAUUCAGCGCUAGUAAGUUACAUAUUGCUCGACACUAGUAAGUUAACCUACUUAGUGUUAUAUGUAUCUAAGAUAUCUGAGGAAAAAAACAAUUC